AACAAAGCUCUGUCAUCAAGUGCAUGUUUGUGAGUAGCAUGUUUACCUUGUUAGAUGUUUUGUAAAUAACUGCAGGUGUGACUACUACCUCUUUGUAAUACGGAUUAAGGACCAAAGCAAUGAAAAAAGUUCGUUUCGGUUUGCAUCUACAACUCUGAGGGCAAGGGAGGUGUGUGAGGGGGAAACAUCUGAAGAAUACUUACAAACUACAUCUUUGCUGGAUUGAUGUGAAGUGGUGCUGGCCUCUUCAACAACAUGUCUCGACAAGAAGUUACCGAGGCUGAGUAUCCGUGAUGAGCACAGCUGCUUGUUGGACUUGGACAACCACAGUCGGUGUUGAUUAUGGGGCUACUACAGAUACUGUUCUUUGCAGCCUUUGUGCCAUUUAGUGAUGCUCAUUUCGACUACAACUGGACAGAUACCGACUCCGGACUCUUCGGGGACCCACAUAUAAGGGCAUUCAGUGGAGCGAGAGGAACAAUCCUACUCCCUUGCCGGUUCCACGCCAGUGAAUUAACUUCCACAGUCAACAAAACCACGUGCACCACCGAGAUCUUCGCCUUCGGCCGCGUGUUUGGACGAGGCGUGUACACGGGUGGAGUGGAGAUCCACCUCAAUAUCGUGUCUUUACGGGACCCUGUCCCGCAUCACUGGACCAUGAAAUUUGUUCUCAAGAAGGGCUGCCUGAGUUCAGGUGGAAAUACUUGUCAAUGGGGGAAAAGCAGUGUCAUCAGGCUCGGUCCGUGUAUACUAAACUGGACUUUCCACCAGUCUUUUGUGAUGCUGCAAGCACCUGUUUGUGGGCUGAAACUGGUGUACAGGCUCAAUGACAAUCCACCCGGAGUUAUCAUAAGCGCACAAUCGAGAAGGAUCAUCACCGUGAAUGGGUAUCGCAAUUAUGUUUUUUGUGGCAACAAUAAUGAUACUUCGAGGAUGUACGUGGAUGAUGCAAAGUCAUUGAAGUUGGAUGAUGUUAACCAGGCUUUGGCAUACAGGACUCUUUCUUCAAAUCUGACACAGCAGAUUCUUAUACCAUCGUUGACGGCGGAUCUGCAUCCCAAUGCCGGCCAUUGCUCCACUGCCAUCACUUCUUUCGCCUCGUGCAGUCCCCUCGCCAGACUAAAGGCCAUAAAGACUUGUCUGGACAUCUUCAGGAUGCGAUCACUGCUACGCUGCUUUGUAAAACGAGGAGAAACAUACCCGAUGUAUGUCUUCUCACUCUGUGUAAAUUCAGUCUGCACAUCACAUCGUAAAAGCUGUCCCUUAUUCAAGUAUGAGAUGAAUCUGUGCAGUUCCGGUUCUAAACUCACAGGGGCCAUGAGCCUCACGAUGAAACAACCCUGCCUGAAGGACAAAGGCAAGCUUGAAUAGGUUGAUGAUGAAACAGAACUAUUGGUUCAUCUACCCGGUAUUCAAGGAAAUCGUUGAUUACAAUGUUCCUUUUAUUAUUUAACUUGAUUCUAAUGUCUGAAGGAGAAGUCAAUGCACUUUCUUGUACAUGAAAUAGUAAAUGCAAUCCUGCUGCAAAAAUAAAUUGCAUGCUCCCUGCUGGA